AUGGCCCCCGCAACUGCGUCUUCGUCCACUGCACCAGCGCAAGGUGGACAAUCACCACAAGCUACCAAUGCUGAAAAGCAAUACGCCUCCAUAGUUCCAUGGGAACGGGAAGAGAAUCACCGGCUUCAACUACAACACACCGUGUCCAGCUUCAGUAACCAUGAGAUGGCACACGUGUCCUACGUCGCCACUGGCGACAACGAUGAAGUCUACAAUCGCUUCCCCGAACGCCGGAAGCUGAUCAUCACCGCCGUUCUCUCCUUCUGUAGCUUCUUAGCACCUAUCUCUUCGACCACUGUACUUUCUGCUAUACCUGAGGUUGCAGACACAUUCGACUGCGAUGGCUCCAUCAUCAAUUUGUCCAACGCUAUGUAUAUGUUGUUUAUGGGUGUUAGCCCUUGUUUCUAUGGGCCGAUCGGCACGAUAUACGGAAGACGAUGGGUUUCGAUUAUCAGUGCUACCUUGUUCACUGCUGCGAGCAUCGGGACUGCGCUGGCGCCUAAUUUGGCGGCGUUCUUCAUCUUUAGGAUCAUCACUGCUUUCCAAGGGACGGCUUUCUUGAUUAUUGGGUCGAGUGUUAUUGGCGAUAUAUAUAAGCCUACUGAACGGGGUACCGCUUUGGGAUGGUUCCUAUCAGGUACUCUGAUCGGCCCAGCACUAGGCCCUUUCAUCGGCGGCAUCAUCGUCACCUUCCGCUCCUGGCGCGACAUCUUCUGGCUGCAGACCGCCCUCGCAGGAGCAGCCACCCUCUUCGUCGUCUUCUUCCAGCCCGAAACGAUCCACUACCGGCGCGCAGACGAGCUAAAGGACCUCCCUAAAGCAGAGAGAAUGCGCACCCUCUGGCAGUGGCUGAACCCCUUCCGCAUCCUCCGCCUUUACCGCUACCCGAAUCUGCUCACCGUGGCCAUAGCAGCAUCCUCCCUAGUCUGGAACAUGUACUCCCUCCUCACCCCCAUCCGCUACGUGCUCAACCCCCGCUUCGCACUCACCUCCCCCUCCAAAGUGGGCUCUUCUACAUCGCCCCCGGCGCAGGCUACCUCGUCGGCACGCUCGUCGGCGGCCGCUGGGCAGACGCCACCGUAA